AUGUCUGAGACAGUUUCUAUCGAAGACCUGGAGGUUCGCAGAUUUGUGAGAGAGCUGCAACAAAGGAACUCACCCCUUCGCGUUGACUGUACGAAGGCCAUGAUAUCGUUCCAUAAUGAUCAGAAAGACACCGAGCUCAAACGGGUCCUUAAGAAGCACGGUUAUGAGCUUCUUUCGAUGCAGAAGCUUGUGGAGCUUUUACAAGAUCCUCACCAGAUUCCAAUCGUCCCCAUCGAUAAGGAUAUUGAAACCAAACCCACGGUCGGUUUGGGUUUCUUUACAGGCGCCUAUCUGAUCACCUCUCCCCCCUGGCCUUCAGUCACAGAGAUUACACAGCUUGUCGUGGAGGAUUAUUGUAUCUCGUGGGUAGAUGGCGGUUCAAAGAAGGAAUUUAAGCCUACGGUGACGGUGCACACGACGGUCGCUUUCAAUGGUAGAAAAAAUUCGGAGUAUCAAGUAGAAUGGGGUGACAAAGGAACGGAAUGGUUUUCAGCACGAUUCUCGACGCAGUAUGACGCCUCGACGAAGAAGUUUAAGCAGAUGUUUUUAGGGUUUCGCAACAUGAAGGGUGGAAUGCAAUGGCCGUUUGGUGGUAUUCGGACAUACGACGCCAACUAA